GAUGGUUUUUGUUUUCUGUUCCCCUAAGCUGGAACCAUGUACAUCUUUGGCAAAGGGGGAGGCCUCAUUACAUUCAACUGGCCAGCUAACGAGAGACCGAGCACCAGAACCGACAGGCUGACCGUUGGCUUCAGUACAUCCCUGAAAGAUGGCAUAUUGGUCAGAAUUGAUAGCGCGCCUGGUCUGGGGGACUAUCUUAUGCUGCAUAUAGAACAAGGGAAGAUUGGAGUUACCUUCAACAUUGGGACUGAGGACAUCACUGUUCAAGAAAGCAGCACCCCAGUGAAUGAUUUGAAGUAUCAUGUGGUUCGUUUUACCAGGAAUGGUGGGAAUGCUACGCUGCAGGUGGAUAACUGGUCAAUCAAUGAACACUUCCCUACAGGGAACAGCGACAUUGAGCGCUAUCAAACGGCCAAUAAGAAAAUUCCUUUCAAAUAUGUCAGACCGGUAGAAGAAUGGCUACAAGAGAAAGGACGACAGCUUACAAUUUUCAACACUCAAGCAACAAUCACAGUUGGAGGUAGCGACAGAGGCCGACCUUUUCAGGGUCAGCUGGCGGGCCUGUAUUACAACGGCCUGAAAGUAUUGAAAAUGGCAGCUGAAGCCAAUGUGAACAUCAAGAUUAAUGGCAGCGUGAGGCUGGUGGGUAAUGGAUCCAGUGUGGCAGGUUCAGCCAGAACCACAACCAUGACUCCAGAGUUAUCCAGCAACGUUUUAGAGUCGACCACCACGACCACGACAACAACCACACGGAAACACAGAUCCUCCACGGUACAGCACGGGGCAGAGGAAAUCGUGUCCUCUGCAGAGUGUUCAAGCGAUGACGAAGACUUGGAGGAGUGUGAAACAAUCCAUCCAGGAGCUGAAUUAGUCAUUGAGGAUCCAUUAGAGCACCCCUUUGUAGCUCCCCGUGCACCCUUCAUUCCCACUCCCUCAACCCACCACCCACUCCUCACCAUUAUUGAGACCACCAAAGAGUCCUUGUCCAAGGCCACUGAGGCGGGGGUACCUUGCUUGUCGGACCGAGGCAGCGAUGAUUGUGAUGAUGAUGGCUUGGUGAUAUCGGGGUAUGGCUCUGGGAAAGCGUUGAAGUCUUACCUGCCCCCAGAUGAUGAUGAAGAUUUUCACUCGAACUCCUCCUUGUUAAGACCUACAUCACACUUUCAAGGUGACUACAAAGCACAGGCGCCCAGGACUUUUAUACCAAACAAACCUUCCAUCUUCAGAUGCAGUAGGACAACCACCAUACCAGUAACCGCCAACCAGAGCCGCACCACUAGCACCUCUGCCUCCACCACAUCCCUCCACAAUUCUCCGGCAAAACAAAAAACCGCGAGCUAAAAACCCCAGCCCCAACCUAGUGUUGCUUCUAUUGCCACAUCCUGUGAGGUAGACAGCAGCAAGCUGAGGGGCCCAUUAAUAAUUUCCGUCAUGUUCCAUAAUAUACCCACAGCACUCCCCACAGAGCCAGGCGUCAGGCGAGUCCCGGGGCCCUCGGAGGUGGUCCGUGAAUCUAGCAGCACCACCGGGAUGGUCAUCGGAAUAGUGGCGGCCGCAGCGCUGUGCAUCCUUAUCCUCCUGUACGCCAUGUAUAAGUACAGGAACAGGGAUGAAGGCUCCUACCAGGUGGACGAGAGCCGGCACUACAUAACCAACUCGGCUGUGCAGAGCAAUGGCGCUGUCAUGAAGGACAAACAGCAGAGCCUGAAAGGCAGCAACAAGAGACAGAAAAACAAGGAUAAGGAGUAUUAUGUGUGACUGAGACUUUGGUCAACACGACAGAACAAAGAGAGAAGGCACUGAGAGAACUUUUAUUACCAGUUUCCCUGUGAGGAGCUUUGACAAAUGAUGGUAUAACAUGGGACUUGAAUAAUUCUAUACUGUGCUGAAUAGUUGAACUGAUAUGUACUGUAACAUAAAGCACACUUACUAUUAAGCAAAAGGCUUAAUGGCAAGGUUAAAUAGCAACUUUAGAAACCUUACACUUCUAUCUGGUCAGAGACAUUGUCGGUAUACAAAUAUUUCACAGCAUCAUUCUCCUAAGUGACUUUUAGAGCUACGUGAUCCUUGGCAUUAAACAAUUUUUGUGAAAUUGUUAAUUACAAAAGGCUCAUUAUCUUAAACGUUUCCAGCAUGUAAGCAACAAGUAGUGCUUAACGAGAGGGGGUCAGGCACACAAAGGACUCUUGUAAUCAAAAUAUUACAGAUUUUUAUGGUUUAUACAUAAUAUAAGUGUGGUGUCUUACUUAUUUUUGCUUAAAGCAAAAGAAAAAAAAAAGAUUCAAAGAGAACAGUAAGAAAAGAAAACUAUUUUAUGUGUAUAAUAUGAAUCCAAGUGAGCCAAUUGCCAAGGGCAGACCUCAUACCAUCUGUUUGCUCUGGCAUCUAAUUCACCACAAUUAUUCUCAUUGUCUGACAGACACAGUGACUCUCUUUGUGGGAAGAAUUUGUCGGUUCUCUUGGUAAGAAGCGCCUGAUUGUAAAAUGCAUGCCAUCCUGAUUCCACAGUAAGGUGCAGUACAGUAAAAGUCCAGUAAAGAGUGUUCAGCUUGGAUAACACAAAGGCAGUUCUUCAUCUAGGAUCAGGACUCCCCCCGCCACCUCUUCUCGAAACCCCUCAAACAGAUCUCUUCUUGCUGCACAGUCUGUGGUGGUUUUAUCUAUCUGCACAAGUGUGUGUUGGUUCAUUGCCUAUCAUUCUCUUUUUCUAUGGAGGUGUCAGGAUGAACACAGAUGCAGUACUACUACACUGUUAACCAAUGUGUAUACAGAAAUAAACCAGAUGUUGAAAGUGUGAAUUCUAUCUGCUGUCACAGUCAACUGUGUCAAAAAAACAAAAACAAAAAAGAGAAAUUUGUUUACAUAUUUUAUUACAUGCUAUCUGUUGUACUUUGUAGGUAGUAAAUUGUACAUAUACCAUGACAGUUGUAAUUUUUAGUACCUCUAUUGUACAGACUGAAGAUAUGAUUUAUCAACAGAUUUCAUUACAAAAAUCUAUCUGUUAAUUUACAUGGAGAAAGACUUUAACCAGACUGUGGAGAAUCAUAUUGAUAUUCAUGAAGAAUAAAAAAAAUGUAUUGUUAGCCUAGAAAUCUACACAGAGAUGUUUCUAAAGUUGCAUGAAUAUUUAACUACUUGCAGUUGUCCAACAAAUACAAGGUGCCCUUUCUUCUCAACCAUGGCGUUCUUGUCCUGGGGUACAUUGAUUUCUGUUUUGCUUUGUUUGUACUUUUUUAUAGAGAGAAAGAAAGAGCAUACGCUCCGAUUCGUGGUGAAGACAGUAAAGCUCAAAUAAAAAGCUAUAAAGGGGGGGUUCACUGUUGAAAAGGACAUCAUUUCUUCUUUGUCAUUAGUUGACAUCUUGAAAAACUUUACCACUCAUUUAUGUUUGCAUUUUCUGACAUUGCUAUUAAAGAAGUGGAUACUUUUUUCUUAGAAAUCAUA